AUUAUCAACGAUGAUCAAAGCUAUUCUUGUAUUCAAUAAUCAUGGAAAACCAAGACUAUCAAAAUUUUACCAAUAUUUUGCAGAAGAUAUGCAACAACAGAUCAUCAAAGAAACUUUCCAGUUAGUUUCUAAGAGAGAUGAUAAUGUUUGCAAUUUUUUGGAAGGAGGCAGUUUGAUAGGGGGCAGUGACUACAAACUGAUUUAUAGACAUUAUGCAACACUUUAUUUUGUCUUUUGUGUGGACUCUUCAGAGAGUGAACUAGGAAUCCUAGAUCUCAUACAAGUUUUUGUUGAGACACUGGACAAAUGUUUUGAAAAUGUUUGUGAGUUAGAUUUGAUUUUCCAUGUUGAUAAAGUACAUUACAUACUCAAUGAAUUGGUCAUGGGUGGCAUGGUUUUAGAAACAAACAUGACAGAAAUUCUAACAAGGAUAGAAGAUCAAAACAAACUGGAAAAACAAGAGGCUGGGAUAGCAGCAGCUCCUGCAAGAGCAGUAUCAGCUGUCAAAAACAUGAACAUUCCUCAGCAGAUCAAAGACAUCAAAUUACCUGAUCUCCCGCAGGCCAUCAAAGAUCUCAAGUUCUGACCUCAAGUCAGCAAAAAUCACUUCCAGAGCAUCAACAUGGCGACAUUCCACCUACCCCCUGAUUCAAAAGGUCUUUUAGAGGAUCCAUCUUCUGUUAAAUAUACUUGAUCAUCAAUUCACCUGUUCCAAGGUGACCAGAACUCUCAAGAAUUGUGCAAUUUUAUAUAAAAGAGAGCUAGCCACUAUUUCACUAGUGAUUAUUUAAUUAUUUAAAUUGAAUGUAAUAAAAAUAUGAGAUAUU